AAAUGUAGACUGUAAUGCGUCAUUAGAAACAUGUAGAUCUUGAGUAGGCUGUUUCGUGCCUCUGCAGAAUGCAUUACAUUUACUGGCAAAGUGAGUCGAUAUCCACCACGAAAUGUGUGUAUAGCGCGACUCUAGUCCCAUUACUUAAUAAUGCAAUUUUUUUUCACUAGUUCAGUGUCAAUAUCCAAAUGUGCAAUCUUUGGAUAUGUUUUGAUGAUGGAAGUCUUUUUUACAAACUCUGAUUAUUCUGUGUGUGCAAACUUCUUAAAAUUUGGAUAAAAUCUGAAGUUCUGUGCAACGCACUAAAGGCCAGCUUCCUGGAUGUUUCAACUCAAAACUAUUGGAAGAGACGAUAUUAAAGACUAAAAAUACUUGAUGCGUAAAAAGAUUUGACAGUGACCUUAUUUCAGUUUUUCUCGUUUUAAUACCGGGUCUCUUUCAAUGUACAACUAUCGUUUUCCGAAAUACUAUGUAAACUUAUAAACAAAACUGUUAUUGGUUAAUGAUGUUGGUUAUGGCUCCAUUCAGAGACUGACCCAGAUGUUGCGGCGCCAAGAUACGACGAAUCCAUUCAGAGAUUAGCAACUCACUCGUAUUCAUUUAUUCAGCAUAAUUUUACAUGUAAUAUUUUUCAUACAAUCAAAAAAAAGACAAAACUUUUAGUUAAAUUUUUCUGUGACAAGAGUCAGAGGGGAUUUAUUCUUUCACGCCCCUCCCCUUGCUGUACCGUAGGGCACCUAAGAAAAGACUAUAAAAAUCCCUCAAACUGAAUUUGGUAAUUGAUUGCCAUCCUAUGCUCUUUAUUAGAGAAGCAUACCACGUGUGCUUUAUUUUUUGCGCUUGGUCUUUUAAUUCUGCCGGAGGAAAUGUUUGUGUACGCUGUGUGAUAAACAAGAAAAGGUAAAGAACGGUGAUUUAUGAUUUGAGUGUGUCUGAAUGUGUCCAUUACAGGAAAUUCUUGAAAAAAAAACGUAUUCAAAGUAAACUGUUAUGCUUUAUCAUUAGUAUCGAACCAGAAAAACAUAAGUCCUUGCGUGAGCUUUGUAAAACUUUUACUGAGGGAGUGAGAGACGAGGCUGACGUAGCCAUGGAGGUGGCGGGCGUGGCCGGCGGCGGAGUUGGGGGUAUGCGCACGUCUUUUUCUCUUGACUUCAAGAAUAUUCGGAGCUCCAUCAGGAGACAGUUCAAGAAAGAUUUUUACAUUGAACCUGCGCGGGACCCAAGUAGCCUCUCAGUGGACAACCCGGAGACUGUGAGUGGUGAGGCCUCGUCACCUCAUAGAGGCACCCUCCCCAUAGCAAGGUCACGGCCACCAGCCAUGGAGGCCUCGACCAGCCUCCAGGACCUUGAUAACCCACAUACAAAGACUAAGGUUGAAUUUAAGCCAUCACCAACAAAAGACAGCUUUGGAGAAAAGAUUGUGAGCAAAGUGAAGGGUUUCUACAGCAGCAAAGAUGAUAUAGCAACCAACGGAAAGGAGAAGAAAAAGACAGUAAAGGCGACUGAGGAUUCCACUUCCAAGACCACCGCCCCUGUCACGUUCAUAAACAAGAUCAAAGAUUUCUACAGCAGCAUGGAGGCGGUCAACGCCAAGGAAAAAUCAGCAGUGACCAAGCAGCGGCGUGAGGGAAGCGAGGAGCCUCGGAAAGGCCUCAGCCUCCUGCAGAAGGUGUAUAGCAAAGAAGAGCGGAAGAACAGCUUAGGUGGCAACGAUCCAGACUUGGUCGCACAGGCGGAGGGUUACUGGAAGGGCGUUCAGUUCCUCGAAAAAGCCCACACCAUCAUCAUCCGAGACUUUGAAGACGAGGAAUUCAUAAACUCUCGGGAGGAGGAGGAGGAGGAGGAGGAGGAGAAACACAAACCGCCCCGUGGUUGGCUGGAACACGAAAAGCCGAAGCCUGGCGAGCAGAGGCCGCCACCCCAGGGACGCCGAGGCCGAAACUCCAUUAUCUCCUUAAACGGCUCCAUUCACUCCCUGUCCUCCGUCCCCACCGCGCCGCCCCCGUCCUCCGAGCGGGUGAUCAGGAACCGCAAGUACGCCAACACCCGCCGCGGCAAGGUGGCCCGCCAGACCUUCCAGGUGUAUCCCAAAAGUUUUAAUCAGAUCAGAAAGUUGGGCUUGAAGCUCUCCCGCCGCAUCAAGAAGUCCCGCUACAGCGAUGGCGUGCCUCCCGUCAGCGCCUCCCAGAUGAAGGACAUCUCUGUCCUGGACGGCGUCCCGCGCUCUGCCCACAACCACGACGUUGCCAAGGUACGUGUCGUGCAGCGAGGCGGCGGGCGGUGAGUAGUAAAGGUGUGAGAGGGGAAGGGCAGUGCACAGGCCAGUCACUGCGCAACACCAGCCUACAAUAUCAGUCGUUAAUUGUUUCGCCUUGGAACUGCACCACUUCCCGUCCCCCUUAUUGCCCCGCGGUUAGGUGGACGGUUCUCUUUCUGUAAGGCAGGAAGCCUCUCCAGUGGAGCGAUCGAUUGACCGGCCAAAUUACAGCUCAUACGUUUCUGUUUCUGUUGCUGUUUCUGUUCCAGCUUCUCCAUCCACCUUAGUUAUCGCUUCUACGGCUGCUACUUAUAUAUUUUUUUUUAUUAUUAUUAUCAUUGUCAUUAUUAUUAAACUUCCUCUCCUCCUUUAUUUGCUUUUACCACUGCUAAAACAACAAUAACAAUAAGAACGAAAACUAAAAAUACUGUUACUACUAUUGUUAAGUGGAGGUAAAACAAAUGCUAAACAAUACAAAAUAGAAAAAUAGCUUCUCAUAUGAAAAAUAAAGGGAGGCUGAUGGUAUCGGUGCUUACGUAUGACAUUCAGCAAUACAGCACUGCGUUAAGGGUAAUGAAUCAUAAGCUUGUGCUACGUAACACUGACCUCCUCGCUGCCAUGGCUGGUGGACUGUAUACUGAGCCCCGAUAAGGAAGGUAAGUAAUGAGAGUAUCCAGGAUGUAGGAUGUCAAGGGAUCUGACCCGCCUGAAGAUGUUUGCUAGCACGCGUCUAUCGGGGUUUCAGUUCAUUAAAUUAGCAAGCUCCCUUCCCUCAACCCCCAUAAU